AGCGGCUCGUUUCUAUCAGGAGGAGUUUUACACAUUUUCGAUCAGUAAUGGCCGCAGUUCGCUUCCUCAUCCUCUUCCUCCUUCCGCUUUCUCUCCCCUUUCCUUGUUUCUCCCAAUCGGAAGCCGAUGCUCUGCUCAAACUAAAGAAAUCUUUUUCACAAGCUGACUCUUUAAACAAUUGGGCUCCGGGAUCCUCUCCUUGCAUCAAAAGAUGGGUUGGUGUCAUGUGUGCCGCCGAUACCAUCAUCGGCCUCCAUCUCACCGAUCUGGACAUAGCUGGGAAAGUGGACAUCGAUGCUUUGCUUGAGAUUCCAGGUCUUAGAACCCUCAGUUUGAUGAAUAAUGAAUUUUCAGGUCCGAUCCCAGAGCUGAAUAAGCUCGGUUCUUUGAAAGCCCUAUACUUGUCUGGCAAUAAAUUUUCCGGUGAAAUACCGAGCGAUUUCUUUAAAGCAAUGGGAUCACUGAAGAAAGUUUGGAUUAAUAACAACACAUUCACCGGAAAAAUUCCUGAAUCAGUAAUGCAGUUGCCUUUUCUCACGCAACUCCACGUUGAGGGAAAUCAAUUCUCCGGUGAAAUUCCGCCGUUGAAAUAUCCGCAGAAGAUGACUUCCAUUGAUUUUUCGUUUAACAAGCUUGAAGGGCAAAUCCCUGAAAGUUUAUCCAGGUUUGAUGCCAGUGUAUUCCAGGGAAACGUAGGACUCUGCGGAAAACCUUUAGAAAAAGGUUGCGGCGCAGGGCAAGCAGCCGGUAGCGGAGGAGAUCCAACAUCCAGUGGCAACCAAAAGACAAUGAUCGUCAUUGGGACUUUCAUAGCUAUAUUGUUUUUUGUGGCGGUUGCGAUUUUCUCUGCCACGCGCAAGGACGACGACUUUAGCGUGUUAGGGAACAAACCCCAUAAAGGCCAGGUGUCAAUGCAUGUGCCAGAGUCCACCCGGAAGCCGACAAUGGAGACGACAAAUCGCAAGAGUGCUGAUUCAAAGAGAGGAUCAUCACAUAAUGGUGGCGGCAGGAACGGUAUAACCGAUUUGGUGAUGGUGAAUAACGACAAGGGUGUGUUUGGGAUGCAGGAUCUGAUGAAGGCGGCGGCGGAGGUGUUAGGGAACGGCGGGCUAGGGUCGGCGUAUAAGGCGGUGAUGGCGAACGGGCUGUCGGUGGUGGUGAAGAGGAUGAGGGAAAUGAACAGGUUAGGAAAAGAAGCGUUUGAUGCUGAAAUGCGACGGUUUGGGAAAUUGAAACACCCCAAUCUGUUAACGCCAUUGGCUUAUCAUUUCCGAAGAGAAGAGAAGCUCAUGGUUACUGAGUACAUGCCUAAAGGCAGCCUGUUGUAUGUCUUACACGGUGAUCGAGGAAUCAUCCAUGCCGAUUUGAAUUGGGUUACGCGGUUGAAGAUAAUUCGGGGGAUUGCACAGGGAUUGAGUUUUAUUUACUCAGAAUUUGCAGCAUACGAACUACCUCAUGGAAAUCUCAAGUCCAGCAAUGUUAUUCUAACAGAAAACUAUGAACCUUUGCUUUCUGAUUAUGCCAUGCAACCCCUGGCCAACACUAACAAUGUGGCACAAUCACUAUUUGCUUACAAAACCCCUGAAUAUGUUCAACACCAGCAAAUUUCUCCCAAGUCAGAUGUGUAUUGCCUGGGGAUCAUUAUACUGGAAAUCCUCACCGGUAAAUUCCCUUCUCAGUAUCUAAGCAACGGUAAGGGAGGGAUCGAUAUUGUCCAUUGGGUUCAAACGUCAAUUUCUGAGAACAAGGAGGAAGAAUUAAUUGAUCCAGAGAUAUCAAGUGAUGAAAACUCGCUCGGACAGAUGUUGCAGCUGCUCAAAAUUGGAGUUGCUUGCAUUGAAAGUAACCCUGAGAUGCGGCUAGGCAUGAAGGAAGCCAUUAGAAGGAUAGAAGAGGCAUUGACUUGAAACCUUGGACUGGGAAAUGCUAUAGGAGAGACAGAAAAAUGGGUAGGAGAGAUUCCCUUUGCUUCGACUUCCAUCAUCAAAGCUAACAUGCUCUGAAGGAGAGGGAAUUAGGGCAUUAGUGAAGGGGAAUAGUGAUAUUGUCUUUGGCACUUUAUCACUACCUAAAAAUGAACAUUGUGCAUAACA